AUGGAUAUAUUUCAGACAUGUGAUAACCCUGGAGAUGGUACCACAUCAGGAGGAAGAAACUCGCCUGACCAGGCAUAUAUUGCUGUACCCAAAAAGAGACGGUGGCGACCAUACAACAAAGUGUGGAGACGUGACCAGAAAUGGACUAGAGAGGGACUGACGUACCCUCAGAAGUCACUAGUAUCACAGAAGUCAGAUGAGCCAGGCAAGGACUUGUCAGAGACCAGAACACCACCAUCUGUGGUGUCUGACGAGGUCACACCGAAAAAGAAGAGACAUUGGACAUAUAACCGUGUGUGGCAAAAAGACAAGAAGUGGAUACGAGAGGAGCAGACUCAGCAGCAGGCAGUACCACCUCCUACCCCGGUACACAGGGACCACCCCACAAAGACACCACCGGUCCCAGUACCACCUCCUACCCCGGUACACAGGGACCACCCCACAAAGACACCACCGGUCCCAGUACCCAGACAGCAGGAGCCACCCCAAUUUCUGAGAAAAUACUGGCGGAGAAACAGGGUUUGGAGGAGGGACAUGGUGUGGGUAAGAAAGGUAAAUAUAGCACUCUUACAAUUCUCCUCCCUAAAUAUGAUUAUAAAAUUCUGUCAAAUUUCUAACACUUUAAUUAAAGUUCCCACAUCAGAGCCAGAGACCCGUGCUGCUGAUGAAGUACAAGAUCCCAUUUUGGUACCCUCUUCUGAGAAGACUGCAUCCUUGCCCACCACUGAUAAGACUCUCGCUGAGGAGCAGAAGACUCCCACCACUGACAGGGCUCUCUCUGAGGGACAGGAGACUGUUACGGCUGGAUCCUCCUCAGCCCCUGACCUCCCUCCAGAUGAUGGAGAGCCCUCCCCAGCUGCAGAAACUGAUCCCACCCCUCCCUCUGUUGAACAAAAGACCAUCACUGACAGGGUUGGUGCAAUUAUCAAAUUCUCUUAA